AUGCGUACUUACAGUCUGGCCCUUCUGCCAUUGGCAGGUUGUGUAUUUGCCGGAUUAUUCGGCGACGGCCCAGUCUAUACUGUGCCUCCCGAUCAGUCCCAGAUCGAAGAAGCAGUUGAGGCAGCUGUGAACAUUCGCGAUGUUCCCAACAAUGUCGACUACCGUUGCGGUCCCAAGAUUGGCAAAUGCCCUAUCGAUACAUGCUGCUCCGCCGCAGGCUUCUGUGGCACAUCCAAGGCGCACUGUCGUUCUCCAGAUUGCAAGAUCGACUACGGCCAUUGUGACGCUCACAAGUCACCUUAUGGACCUCCUACCAAAGACAUCGUCCGUCCUCACAUCGGUCAAAUCCCAUAUGGCCCGAAGGAGAUUCGCUCAUGUGCUAUCCCCGGAACCAUUGCGUUAACCUUCGAUGAUGGCCCUACCCGUUAUACUGGUGAUCUGCUGGAUUUGCUUGACAAAUAUGAUGCAAAGGCAACGUUCUUCAUCACCGGCAUCAACAAUGGCAAGGGCCAGAUCGAUGACUUCAGCUUGCCUUGGGCAUCUUUGAUCGAACGCAUGCAAUCCAGUGGCCACCAAAUCGCCAGUCACACUUGGUCGCACGAGGAUCUCAGCAAGAUCACCCCAUCACAGCGCCGUGACCAGCUGGAGAAGAAUGAAGCAGCUCUGCGAAACAUCAUCGGCAGCUUCCCUACCUACAUGCGUCCUCCAUAUUCCAGUUGCGCUCCUGACACAGACUGUGGGGUUGACGUGGGCAAGCUUGGAUACCACAUCGUAAUGUACGACAUCGACACUGAUGAUUACAAGAAUGAUAGUCCAGAACUUAUCCAGCGGUCAAAGGACAUCUUCGAUCAUGCAGUUUACGCUGGCGACCCACACACCAAGUCUUGGCUUGUCAUUGCUCAUGAUGCACACGAGCAGACUGUCCACAAUCUCACAGAACACAUGCUCAAAACCAUGAAGAGACUUGGCUAUCACGGCAUCACUGUUGGUGACUGUCUCCGUGAUCCACGACCACUGUGGUACCGGAAGGAUACCCGGAUGCCCACCCACAAGAAGAAGCCAAAGAAGACUGCCUCUGCUGAUCCCAACAAACCCAUCUCUUUUGACGGCUCCUGUGGUUCCAAUUACACUUGUAUGGGAUCUACAUUUGGUUAUUGUUGCGGGAGCACCAGUUCCUGUGGAAACACUACCACUUAUUGUGGCACCGGCUGUCAGAAGGAUGCCGGUUAUUGUGCCGUCGAGGCUCCAUCCAAUGGCGAUGCAUGGGAUCCAAAGGUUCAUACCAAGGGGAAGAAAUCGGAAGCAGACGGUAGCUCCCGAACGAUUGGUACCGCAGCUGUGAUAUCUUUGUUCCUUGCGCUGAUCGUCGCGACGUGGAUUGGAUGA